AUGUCAGCAGAAGAAAAGAAGUCACCCUCUGGUGAAUUAAAUGAAGAUGAAACUCAAGUAUUGUUUCCCUUGGAAAUAAUCGACAAAUCUAUUGGUCAUAAAAUUCAUGUGUUGAUGUCGAACGACAGAGAGUAUAAAGGAACAUUGAUAGGGUUCGAUGAUUUUGUAAAUAUAGUGUUGGAGAAUGUGCAAGAGUUAGAUUCAGAUGGCCCAAAGGAAAAACAAGUUAAAAGGAUGCUUUUGAAUGGAAGUCACAUAACUAUGAUUGUACCUACUUUGGCUUAG